UUUCUGGAUCGGAGACUACGCCAAACUUGAACCAGUGGGAGCGAGCAACAGCAGCAGCACAGCCCGCACCCGCGGCAACACUUACUCACAGUCAUCCACGGUUCCGUAGUCAUGGUAACGCCGGCUGUCGGGACCAAAUUAGCUCGCCCUUCGCCGUGGCGCGUCUGGGUGACAGCCGCCCGUCCGCACACCAUUACCGCCAGCGUCAGUCCCUGCCUCGUCGCCUACGCCAGUUGUCGGCCGUCGUGGGAUCUAUUCCUGGCCUGGCUCGUCUUUUGUAUUACCGUACAGAUUGGUACCAAUCUGCACAACGACUACAGUGAUUUCGUACAGGGAGCGGACGAUGUCGAUACACGGGUCGGCCACGCACGGGCCACCGCACAGGGCUGGUGGACUCCGGCGCAAACCUGCCGAGCCUCCGUGGGAGUCUUAUCCGUUACCUUUGCCAGUGGUGUGUAUCUAGCCGUGGCAACCGGACAAACCAAAAACGCAUUCUUUUGGUUCCUUGUAUUGAGUAGCAUUUUCAACGCAUUCGCCUACACGGGUGGGCCCUUCCCACUCGGAUACAUUGGUCUCGGAAGCUGGAGUCUCGCUUACAGCGGGCUCGGGGAUCUCUUUGUCCUCCUAUAUUUCGGAUACGUCGCAAUACUUAUGCUACCCUAUCUACUCUACCGACAAGGCCAAGAAGUCGCCUGGCCGGCGCAAUGGCGCUACGGCACCCAAGUCGGACUCCUCGCCGUCACUAUUCUCAUCGUUAACAAUCUCCGCGAUCGUCACACGGACCAGCGUGUCCACAAACGCACCACAGCCGUCCGUUUCGGCCGGCGCUUUUCACUUGUACAGUAUUACUUCUGCAUCCUCGUCAGCUAUCUGUUGGUCCUUGUCGAUGCCUACCAGGCCAAUGCGUUGGGACGGUUGCUGCCCCUGCUCAGUCUCCCCCUCGCCGCCCGCCAACUCGUCGCUGUAGGGUUGACCGAAGGCGCGGCUCUCAACCCCUACGUGGGGGGUAGCGCCCAGACCCAAUUGUUCUUUGCGAUACUCCUCGCCUGUGGCCUGGAGUGGUAG